AUGGACGUUGCUUGCUGCUAUCAGUGGGCUUGGGAUGCGGACCCGCUUAAGAAGCGCAUGGAUAAGCGCCAGGCAUUUUGGAGGAAGCUCACCACCUUUGCGCAAGGCCUGCCGGCCCGCAACAUUAAGUGCAUCGCAGGUGAUUUUAAUUGUGCACUCAAGGCUCAAUCCAGACACAUUGGCCCAGGCCUGCACCCAACUGCCUUUACGUAUCCCGACUCUGCGGACUUUGUGCAGGCCAUCACCUCAGCCAAUCUGUGCGCCCUAAACACGUGGGGGCCUGCCAAGGACGCUUUCACUUAUCUACUCGACGGUCAGGUCCCAAAGCGCAGCCAGAUAGACUUUGUCUUUACCUCUUUGCCACACACAGACGUGCAGGCCAAGCGUUCUCGAGCCAACCGUGACAUCAACUUCGCGCCCUGGCGUGGAGGAGGCCACCACUUCGCGCUGAUCGCCAGCCUUCGUGUUGACACCCGCUUGGCACCUGCCGGCCCUGCAGCCACCCAACGACCCCUGCCCUUUUCGAGGCAGCUGCUUCGUGAAGCCAUCAAAUGCAAGGACCCGGUGCUUGAUCAACUCGCACAGGAAGUUCAUUACGAGCUCGGUACUGUCAGGCCCACUGACCCCGCGGAGCUCAACAAUAUCCUUCUGAGGCGCUGCGCCGCCCUCUUCCCGUUGCAGCAGGCGCACGCGCGCUUCCAGAGCGCACACCGCGAGCUGCGCAAACGCGGCCUUGCGAAGCGCAAAGCUGCAAUCCUCGAGGAGCUUGAGGCAGCAGAGGCUGCAGCCACGGCAGGCGACAUGCAUAAACUUUAUUUUCACGAGCUUUUAAAGGCGCUGAAGAUGCAGCGAGGCGGCCGAGCCAUUCCACCGGGGUCGGCCCCACCCGAACUUUGGAAACAUCUCGCCUCAACCAUUGCCCCGCACGCCCUCCCCCUCAUUAACCACCGCCUCGGUGCAGGACCGCUGACGACCCGCUCGGAAAGUGCAUCGCCCGAGCCCUCAAAGCGCGCACCCAGGCCGAAAUCUUAG